AUGCGUAUCAAUCCUCAACUCUGCAUCAUACUUGCGAGCACGGCUGGGUCGGCUUACGCUCAUCCCGGUCACGAGUCUCAUUUCAGCAAGGCAGUCUACCUCUUGACGAACAACCCGGAGAAUGCUGUGAUCGGGGUCCCAAUCCAGAGGAAUGGCCUUCUCGGACAUGCCCAAGUGACCUUGACCGGAGGCAUUGGAGAAAGCGGACUUGAUAAUGCUGGGGUACCUGCGGGCCCGGAUUCACUCUUCAGCCAAGGGGCAGUUGCUGUUGCAGGAGAAUACGUCUUCGCCGUCAACCCCGGAUCCAACAGCGUAAGCAUGCUGGAGUUUGGCCAGCAUGAUCCUUCCAAGCUCACUCUGGUCGGCCAACCCGCUCUCGUCCCAGGCGACUUCCCCAACACCGUUGCUGCAUCCUCAAAAGGGCGUCUCGUCUGCGUCGGAGCAACGGGUACAAAGGCCGGUAUAUCCUGUACAAGCUACAACAAGCAUGGACUGGGAACAUUUGACGAGUUACGCCCGUUCGAGCUGAACCAGACUACUCCGCCCGUCGGCCCAGCCGGUACUCUCUCCCAUGUCCUAUUUUCGGAAGACGACGCGUUCCUCUACGCCGCGGUCAAGGGAGACGGAACAGCCAACAAUACUGGCUUUUUCUCCGUCUUUCCAGUCAAUUACGGCUGUUCCCCGGCUACGGCUGCCACCGUGGCAAGAGAAGAUAUCCGGAGCUCGCCCAACGGCACGAAUCUACUCUUCGGCUCUGUCGUCAUUCCUUCUUCAGGCCUUGUCUUCGUCACGGAUCCUGGUUUUGGCGCCGCCGUGCUUAAAGUCAAUGAUGAUACGCACGAAGCCGAGCUUGUCGCGAAAGCUACCGUCCCCGGCCAACAAGCAAUCUGCUGGGCCGCGUACUCGUACAAGGCAAACAGCGUCUUUGUGACGGAUGUUCUGGUGAACAGGCUUGUUGAGCUAGAUGCGAAUGACGCGAGUAUUCUGCGGACGGCCGACCUUCCGAAUGACGACCCCGGCCUGAUUGAUCUUGUCGUUGUGGAUCGGCACGUCUAUGCGCUGUCCCCAGGAAAUGGAACUACUGAUGCUGCCAUCACCGUCUUCGAUAUCGAGAAGAAUGAGCAGGUUCAGCGGCUUUCACUGAAGGAGUUCGGCGCAGGGCCGAGCGCGAUGGGGAUGGCGUAUCUUGAGCUAUGA